UUGGAGGAACCUGGCUUGAAGGUCAAGAAAAACUCUAUAACAAUACUCUAUUUUCAGCUUGAGCAAAAAGAAAACUGCAAAAACUGUGCUGCAACAAUGGCGUUUCGUACUGCUUUAAGGAGAAUGAACACUUCAUCAACCCUUCUCUACAACUUCCUCAACAAGUCUCCUUCUUCUUCGAGAGCACCGUUAACUUCUCGUUUCUUAAGCUAUACGGGUAGUGUUCCUGUUGUGGAUUCCAAUGAAGAAAGCUUCACCAUUAAUGCCUGUGGUGGUUCCUUUGUCCGCUCUGAGCAGUUCCCUAUUCAACGCGGUGUAUGUGAUAUAUACAUGGAAAACCCCUUCCAAAUUUCUGGCCCUCGAGGGGCGUACGAGGCCAAGAAUAUGGAGGAGGGAAUGUAUGUGAGAAUGGAAAUGCCGGGUAUUGAUAAAGAAGAUGUGAAGGUGUCGAUUAAUUACGGGCAUAUCAGCAUAAAAGGUCAAGGAAAAAAGGAGUCUAUGCCUGAAGACAGUGGGAGAACUUACAGUGCAAACAUUGAGAUCUGUUCGCAUUCAUAUCAGCCUCAGUUUAUGCAAGCAGAGAUGAAGAAUGGUGUUCUUAGGAUGUUAAUCCCUAAGUCUAAGACUCCUCAGGAAGUGAAUGGCUCUUAUAAGAUAAAGGUUAAGUAAGUUUAUUGUGGACUAUCAUGUUAUUGAUCUCAUUUGAACUAUAGAUUUGCACAACAUUAUUGAAGAAAUACUUGUGUGCAGAUAGCUCCUUAGAUGUUUUGUUGGAAAAAAUCACUUGUUGCUGAA